AUGGCGUUAUUGAACAGCACUUGUACCACUCACUUGUUAGAUCUUGAUUUUAAUGUUCUUCUGUAUGAGGUUGUUGUGGCCCAUCUCGACGAUGCUUCAUGGAUCUCUUUCGGAUCAUCAUGUAAAUUAUUGUACAACAAACUCGUCAAUAACCCCAACAUUUGGGAAGAAAAAUUGAAAUUCCUAGAUCAACAAUUUGAUAAAACUCUCAAAGAAGAGGAAUAUCUCGAUCAUUUCAAAGGACAAGAACAACGUAUUGCAGAUAAUUUUCUGCAUGGAUAUUAUCAAUUCAGACACAACAUGUUUACUCGUUUGGAUUCCAAUAAUUGUUUAAACGACGGAGGAAAUGAUCUUGAGCCGUUGAUGAGAGCUUGGAAAAAGACCAUGACCUCAGAAGGGCAACAAAAAGAGGACACCAGAGCAUCCACCAUGAAAAUUCAAUACUUGUUAUUUAAGAAAUAUAUGUUUUGUAAUAUUGUGAGCAACGGCGGCUCAGACAAUGCCCCUAAUGUUUGUAGACAUUUAAAUCACUCGGUAAUGGCGACUUACAAUGGGUUUUGGAGAUCCUAUUUUGUGAAUAAUCAACUGAAACCACAACAAACGUAUUGUUGGUCCAUUUUGUUAACACAAUUUGAUCGAUCUUCUUCCAACAGUUGGACAAUUCUUGUAGGUGUAAAUUUCAACGAUAUUCAAGGAAUACCAGAACCAUUGACCACAUGGUUGAGUUUUGGUUAUUGCGUCAAAUCCAAUGCCAUUGUCAAGCAAUCAUACACUUCAUAUGAUCUCUCAAAUGUCAACCAAGAGGGACAUUUAAUUGGGAUUAAGUGCAAUUACCGAAGAGGUCACGUGGAUUUCCAUGUGUAUUUAGCAAAUGGCACAAUUCACCGUUUUGAAUCAAACGAAAGUACAAAGGGUAUCUGUCGACCGAUUGUAUCAUUAGUGAAUGGCAAACACAUGGUAACUGUGUUGCCUUGGGAUGGUAAUGUUAGUAGUUUACAGUUGUCGAGCAGUGACACUGAUCCACCUUCAGGCGUAUCGUCCGAAGAAAAGAAAUGUUUGAAUAUGUGA